UCGCGAGCACAAUCUUCAUCCUCAUCCGCCGUUGCUCCAGCAACGCAGACGACGAUUCGACAAGACCAGCUGCCGCUGCUGCACCACAAGCUCUGCGUUCCCGCGGAAUCGGUUGCCCAGGUGUUCUUUUUCCGGAGGUACGCCCUUGCGCGGGGUGGCGCCGAGACGCUGUACGCAGCGGCAGCGGCAGGCCAAGCGAACAACGGCUACUCUUCUUCUACCUCACCUGUCAAGAUGCAGGGAAUGCUCGCCGUGGGCAUGGCCGGACUGGCGGUUUCCGAAGGGGGCGAUGGGAGGCUUUUGAAGUUGGCGAGGAGGAGGUAUGGGAUUACGCUGCGGGGGGUUGGGGAGGUGAUUGAAAGGGGGGAUGGGGAGCGGGUUAGGGGAGAGGGGACGGUUGCGGCGGUGGUGCUCAUGGGGAUGUUUGAGGCCAUGGGGUGUCUGAUCAAGCAGGUGCCCGUCCCAGCCCACAUCCGCGAGCUCGCCCGCUCUUGUCCCGCGUUUGCAUCAGAUGUGCAUGUUGUACCGGCAAGGCUUCUCUUUGACAUUAUUUGUCGGUUUGCGGAGCUGUAUUCUCUUGGAGGGACGGGCCAGGAAGAAGAAGUUGCGCAGUGGACGGAAAGAGUUUCUGCGGCUGUUGGUAUCGAGGAGGAGCUUUGUUCGUGGGAGACGGGAUUACCUGGCCUGUGGAGGCAUACCGUCACCCUCGUGCAAGAGGGAUCUGAAAAGGACGGAUCUUCCCCUCGUCGGGAUACUACUGCUAUUCGGCAUGAAUAUGCGUGUUCCUGGCAGGCAUACGUCUGGAACCACUACCGCACCUGUCGGAUCCUCGUCCACGCCGUGCUGCUGCGGUAUCUCGAUGCCCUCGCCUUGCCCGUUGCAAGUGCCCACCCGGCGCUUAUGGCGGCGUAUAUCUCACAGCGGGACGCUUCGCGGACUGUUUUGUCAAAGACGAUGGGUGAUUUGCGCGCUGGCAUGUCGUAUGUCCUUGGGUUGUACGAUGCAGGCAAGGGGAAUGCUUGUUUGUCGCCUGAGACGUCGGGGGUGUUUGGGCUGCUGGGGGCGGUGCAGGCUUUGACGGGCGUGGUGGACGUUUAUGGGGAGGAUGGGGAGUGGUUGUGUGGGCUGUUGGACGGUAUGGGGAGGAGAUGGGGGAUUGGGUUGGCGGUGGUUCUGGGGAGG